AUGGAAGAAAAUGAUGAUAUGAAAACAAAUUGUUCGAUAACAAUGGAAUCUAAAAGUGAAUUACCCAAUAAUGAAAAGAAACGAAAAAAACCUGUAAAACGUUGUAAUAAACGAUUAUCAAAUGAAAAAAAUGAAAAAAAUCAAAUUCCAAUAUUUACAGAUGCAUUUCUUGAUUUAUUUCGUAAACAAAAAAGUGAAAUACGUUCACUUAAAUUAAAUUAUUCUCAAUUAUCUGAACGUUUUAAAUUAAAAGAUGCUCAACAAGAACAAAUUCGUUUAGAUAAUCAAAAAAUGCGUUUAGAUAUUGAAGAAAUUUCACAAAAAAAUUAUUUUUUAAAAAAUCAAAUUAAUCAAAUUCAACAACAAUUUAAAGAUGUUUUUCAUCAAGAUAUUAAUAAAGAUUUUUUAAUAUUAUUACGUCAACAUCAACAUCAACAAGAUUAUCAAAAUAAAAUACUAAAUAUUGUUAAAUCACUUCAAUUAUAA